GAAUUACAGCAGACAUGAUCCAGUUUAUGCCUUUCCAUAAAGAUGUUACAGCAAGCAACAGAAAUGUCUAUAAAUCAGCUGCAGUUAGAAAAUGAUCCAUGCAUAAAUCACAAAUCUUUAUUUUGGGAGGAUUGACUCAUACCUCUGCUAUUCUAGGUAAUUGUUCUUUAUGUUAGUUACUUCAAGACUACGACGCGGAGAAAAGGUCCCAUGUGCUGCUGAGAAUUACAUAUAUAUGAAAAUAACGUUGAGGAUUACAGACGACCCUGAAUGCAGCACGAUUUUUUUUUUCUCUCUCGGAGCUUUCCGCUGAACAGUUAACGUCUCUGCUGGCUGUCCUUCUCCUCCUCCCACACAGCCCCAGCCACUAUAAACAUUACUGUACUCCCAGGAUCCUCCCCAACUAAACGUCCUGAGGUCAGCAACUGGGACCCUGUAGGGAGAGGGAGGCAGAGAUGGCUCAAAGUUCAACUUUCCCUGAAGUAGUGGAGCUCAACGUGGGUGGUCAGGUGUAUGUGACCCGUUUCGAGACUCUCACCGCGGUGCCCAGGUCUCUCCUGUGGACCAAGUUCACCCAGCACACUCCAGCCGACCUGCCUAAAGACAGCAAGGGCCGCUUCUUCUUUGACCGGGACGGCUUUCUGUUCCGCUACAUUCUGGAUUACUUACGGGACUCGGAGCUUUUUCUGCCGGAGUUUUUCAAGGAGAGAAAGAGGCUGCAGAGAGAGGCGGACUUCUUCCAGCUACCGGAGCUGUCGAGGCGCCUGGCGGCGGCCAGUAAAGACAGCUCCUCCACGGAGGACAGCGGGGAGCCGGAGGAGGUUGAACUCACCAGCCCGGUCACCUCCUCCUCCUCGUCGGAUAGACCUCUGCGCUCUCCGGGGGGAAACUCCGGCUACAUCACCAUCGGGUACAGAGGCACCUACACCAUCGGCAGAGACAUCCAGGCGGACGCCAAGUUCCGCAGGGUUGCCAGGAUAACGGUGUGCGGAAAGAUCUCUCUGACCAAGGAGGUUUUCGGGGAAACCCUGAAUGAGAGCCGCGACCCGGACCGGCCCCCGGACAAAUACACGGCCCGCUACUACCUGAAGUAUAACUUUUUAGAGCAAGCGUUUGACCGGCUGGCGGAGACUGGCUUCCACAUGGUGGCCUGCAACUCCACCGGGACUUGCUCUUACGGCAGCAACGACCCAUCGGAGGACAAACUGUGGACCAGCUACACGGAGUACGUCUUCUGUCGAUGAGCUGGUGGACUACCAGCAGCUCUGGGAGAAAUAACAGGGUUACAUAUAGUUACAUAAAGUUAAUUAACAUAAUACCAGUGCCAGCUUUGCCUUUAGAUUCAGGUUCUUGGUCUGCAAGAGUAGGGUCAGACAGAUUCUCUGCAGCAAAAAAAAAAAAAAA